GCCGUUCGACCGCCCUUUUUCCUCCAUCUUUGUUAUCGUAUCAGGGUUUUCUGAUCCUGGACGAAGAUCACAAUGCCUGGAAGAUUGUGGUGUAAGGCCAUAUUUGCUGGAUACAAGCGUGGUCUAAGGAACCAGCGUGAGCACACUGCCCUGCUGAAGGUAGAGGGAGUUUACACUCGCAACGAGGUUGACUUCUAUCUGGGCAAGCGUUGUGCCUAUGUCUACAAGGCCAAAAAGAACACAGUGACUCCUGGCGGGAAGCCCAACAAGACUCGGGUCAUCUGGGGCAAGGUUACGCGCGCUCAUGGCAACAGUGGUAUGGUCCGUGCCAAGUUCAGCAGCAACCUGCCUGCAAAGGCCAUCGGCCACAGAAUACGAGUGAUGCUGUACCCAUCCCGUGUGUAAUGUGCUUUUUUGUGUACAUACAAUAAAACAUUGUCACAGUA